UCAGAUACACACACGCAGCCAGGCCAAGGGCAUGACCGCAUGAUGCACUCAUAUGCAUGCAUUCCUCGCCCCCAUGCCCGAACUUGAAGCCUGUAUCCUUAAUUUGCUUUGGCAUCGCCCACUCCCAGUUUCGCGAGGCGGCAUGUAUACAGAAUGCUGCUACCAUGGCACGAGUAAUUGCAUCGCAUUGCGUCCUUUCCCUUUGCCCCUUGAUGACAGGAGUAGGAGCCGUAGCUAGGACCCAUGCAUGCAUGUUCGCUUGGUAGCUCUUGGUUGGAGGUUUAUGGCGAGUGAUAGCCGAGACGGGAGCCCAAAAUCUGGGUCUGAUCAUGAUCUGGGGCAGGAUCGGAGGGCGGGGGCCGCCACCGGCCGGCUUUUCUUUCCAAGUGGGGCAACCAUUGGCUUGUUGAGACGUGCAUGAUUUCGUCCUCUCUUUCUCCCGUGCUUUGCUUUGAUCAUGGCGCCGCGCCGGGCGCCGGCCCCUCCGUCCCUGACCGCCUUGUUUCCCUGCUACCAGCGCAGCAGCCGCUACUUCUUAUUUUCUUUCUCGAUCGGCCGGCCUGGGGAUCGCAAAGCAAAGAGCCACCGCAUCCACACCCACACCUCACCCCCCACCACACGCACGCACGCACGCACCAACAUAGGCAAACCAUUCGUUCUCCCUGCUGCCGUUUUAUUAGGAAACUCUCCCCUUUCCGUUUUAGCUUAGUGUCCAGCUGCAAACUUCUCCCCCCAGCUUCUCUUGCUCAGUGUGCAUCUCUCUUUGUAUUUCACUGUGCUGGCCUGCUUUGUUCCUUCGUUCUGGUUACUAUUGGUUGCUGCUUCCAAGUGACGUACCAGAGUGGUGGUUGGCGUUUCAGUAUGAUUUGAUAAGGUUUGGGUCCUCACUCUUCUUGAGCCUCUAAUGCUUGCUUUGCUUCCAAGAAGCCAUCUAUGCUUAGCUGUAGCCCUGUGCCAUGCAAUGCAUGUCGGCUAAGCCUAUUCUAUUAAUUGAUCAAAUCGAGGCUCGCAUUUCUUAGUGUUGACCAACAUCCUGUUUUACUGUGUGCUUUAAACGAGUAGAGAGUACUUGAAGAUACACAGCCUACCUAAUACUAGGAUAUAGUAACUUUUUUGGUCUAGCUAGUUUAUUCUCUGGGACUGGGACUGGGAGAAACCUGUAGAACAACGCCGCCUACGGCCCUAGUCUCUCUCAUGUGCAUCUCUGUUGCAAUGUCCGUGCCUGAUUGCUGCUGCCAUGCCAGGUUACCUUUGCGUAUAGGAGUAUUUUUCUUUGGUGGGGAGGUGCGGGUAGGACGAGCAAUCUUCUGACCUUGUCCGGACCGGUGUUCAUGUCGCCACUAUUUAUUCAUUCAUUCAUCCAUCCAUUUUAUUCUAAUCGCGCCGCUGCGUUCAGUUUCAGGCCCUUCUUUUUUUAAAAAAAAAUCGGUAUCUAGUUAUCUACAACGUUUGACACCUCCUCCCGGACCUCAAGAUGACCGGCAACGCGUCUUAUCAGCAUCUGGGACUGGGAGUCGACGCCACGAUGCGCAGCUGCUUCGCCAGCGGCGACGGCAGUGUUAUCAGCAGCGCCGACGCGCCCUUCUUCCACGUCCCGGAGUACACACUGCACGGCGGCGGCGGCUUUGGGUUUGGCGAACCCGCAGCGGACGUCGCCGCCUCGAGCUUCUUGGCGGAUGGUUCGGUGCUGCUCGCCGGCCAGCUGCUCCGUGCCACCGCACUGCAGAGCGUGUCGCCGGAGGAGAGGCACGGUGCCUACUACGGCGUCACGGGCGGGUCGUCGUCGUACGGCCCGUCGCCCUGGGAUGUCACCGUUGCUCACGCGCCCAGCAGGAUGACCAAGCAGCCUGUCGCUGGAGAGCCGGAAGGCGGCUGGAUCCACGAGUCUUCGUACUACUGCCCGGCGACGUGGUUCUCUGGCGACGGCUUCCGGGACCCGUUCGCCGGGGCGGCGGCGAGCGAGUUGUCGCUCAGGCUGCGCGCUGGGUCCUCCCCGACGGCAGGUGCGGCGAGCGUGAGCCUGCCGGAUCAGUCCUCGGAGGUGAGCUGCUCCGGCUUGACGCAUUGGAGUAGCGGCGGCGGCCCCGGCAUGUUCCAGCUUCCUUGCGGCGGCGCCGGACAGGUGGCGGUGGCGGCACGUCCGGGCCCCAUGCACUUCUCGCAGGUCCUGUCGCGGUGGUCCGGGUACGCGGACGUCACGCAGCAGGUGUUGGACGAGUUCGUCAUCCGCCUGCUGCAAGACGUGGCCGGGUUCGCCGGCGGCGGUGAGGCGAGCUGCCCGCUGCCAUCGUCAAGUUAUUGCUCCAAGACGACGUCAUCCAACCCGAACCCGUCGGUGUUUGUUAGCUCGGAAGAGCACCACAAUGAGCUCAAGAACGACUUCCAGAAACUGCUACAGAUAAUGGACCAACGGUGCAAGCAAUGCCUGGACGAGAUCCAGAAUGCGGCGUCGAAGUACGGCAGCCUUGUGCGCCCGGGCGGCGGCGGCGGCGCCCUCUCGACGCUGUUUGCGCAGCGCGCGGUGUCAGCGACGCACCGGAGGCUCAGGGCGCGGAUCACCGGCGAGAUCGCGGCGGCCACGCGGGGAGGUAAUCAGCCGUCGUCGUCGUCGUCGCUGUCGCUGGCCGACAGGGAGCGCAGCUGGGAGUCGGCCUUCAUCCAGAAGCACUGGGCGCUGCGGCAGCUCAGGCGCGGCGACCAGCAAUCGUGGCGCCCGCAGCGCGGCCUGCCGGAGAAGUCCGUGGCCGUGCUCAAAGCCUGGAUGUUCGAGAACUUCCUCCGCCCGUACCCGAGAGACAAGGAGAAGGAGAUGUUAGCAGCCAGGAGCGGACUGAGCAGGAGCCAGGUCUCCAACUGGUUCAUCAACGCCCGCGUUCGGCUGUGGAAGCCGAUGAUAGAGGAGAUGUACGAGGAUCUCAAGAAGGCCUCCGCAGGAAUAAUGGAGGCCUGAACAAUUAAGUCAGCAGCAGGGAUGCAGGUAUAUAAAGAUAAGAUGGCUGUUUCCAGAUACAAGCAUCGCUGCAUGCCACCCUGCGAUCUACCCAUAUAUAUUUGUAAUCUCCCUGGCGUGUUUAUAUAGAACUGCCGGAGUCUGAAUCCCGUGCCGGUAGUGAAGCCGGAUCAUCGCCAGUUCAUUUAAUUUGGCGCUUGCAUGCUGUUGGUCGAGUGGAACUAAGAUUUCUUGUUAUUUAUUUAACCUUAAAAUUCCGAUCAAAUGACUCAUAUCUCGUUAUUGAUA